GAGAAAGAAAAACAUUGAGUCUGUCCAAAAUAAAAACUUCAAAUAAAUAAUUAAUAUGUAAUAAUUUUUAAUGAACUUGAAUUUCCAAAAUAGGAACACAAAUUAAAUUUUUUGGCCUCCUUAAUUCUAACUAACGUCGUGCCGAAAAAAUUCUUGCUAAAUUCCUUGCUGAACUUGCCAGAUGUCUGAAUUUGAACCUGUCAGAGUUUCUAAUGAGUAUGAAAAGUUUCUUCGAGAAUUUAUAGCAGUUUUCAAAGAGUUGCCAGUUCUGUGGGACAAGCGUCACCCAGGUUACUCCAACAAAACGGAGAGAAACAAUGGAAUCGAAAUUCUAUUAAGUAAAUGCAAAGAAUAUUUUCCGGAUGUUACUUAUGAAUUUGCUAAAGUAAAACUCGAAACAAUUAGAGGAUGUUUUCGUAGAGAGUACAAAAAGGUGGUACAAUCUAAAGAAAUUGCAAACUCUCCAGAGGAGAUAUAUAAACCAACAUUAUGGUAUUAUAGUUUAUUAUUGUUCACAGUGGGUGAAAAUGCAGAUUAUGGAGAUAUGGAAGCAUUGCAGAAUUAUUCAAAAUCAUCUUAUUGGACUAGAGAAUAUACACUCAUCUUAAUUGAUUUAUUAAAAAGUCAACCAAUGUUCUACUCAGCAGAUUCAUGCAAAUAUAGUAGAAGUGAAAAACUUUUGGCAUUAAAGAAGAUUGCUGAUGGAUUAUUGAUGGAAACAGGCAAAAAAUUUGAAUUGAUGGAAAUAAAAAGAAAAAUCACAAUGUUAAAAGAUCAGUACAGAAGGGAACGCAGAAUGAUGAGAAUCAAAAAAUCAAAAACAAGUUCCUUAUGGUGCUAUGAAAUGUUAAGUUUUUUAAAACACAAUGCUUCAAUGAAGACAAAAAAGGAAUCAAAAUCUACAGAAGCUUUACUUGAUGUUACAUUUGACAGUGUUACUAGUCCUCCCAUUCUUGAAAUCCAAGGUAUUGAAGAAAAUGACACAAAAAAUUUUGACUCAGUUGUUGGAAAUGUUAGUAAUAAUAUGUUGGUUUCCAAUGCAAAGUACAAUUACAAUGACAUCUUUGACACGAUUGGAAAGAAUGUUACCCGCAAAUUAAAAGAUAUGUUAGAAGACCAAAGAAGAUAUGCAAUCAAUAUUAUUAAUGAUAUUCUCUGUCAUGGUUCGAUGAAUCAUUUAAGCUGGGAUUUAGGAUUGUCCAUCAAGUAUGAUGAAUGAAUGAUUGUCUAUUUUAUAAUAUAUUUUAUUUAUUAAUAAAUGUAUAACCACCUUAUUUCUUAACCCUUGAUUUCUAGAUAUAGCAUAUUAUUUCAACUCUCAAGGCUUUUUUGAAACUCUUAAUACUAAAGUUUAGUUGAUUUCACAACAUUCAUUCCUAAAUUGUUUUUGCACUAAAUACUAAAUAAUUACAAAGCUUUAAAUUUUACUGUUCGGGUUCUGUCUUUUAGCAAAUGUGUGCAUAUAAAUAAAGUCGCUUUCACCCGUAGCUCUGUGUUUAUUAUUUUCUUAAACAUGAAAAAUACUGCCGACGAUUCAUAUGAAAAAAAUUUAAGUAGCCAAUAGGCCAUACCAAAGGAAUUUUGAAUAAUUUUCAAAAUUUCAUGAUUUCAAGUUUUUAAAUUAGAAGGUAUGGAAAACCUAGAGCGUGUUUUUUUGGUUAAACGUUUUUAACAGAACGCGUAAAACAAACAAAAAGUACCUACUGAUGGAAAUUUUAUGUUAGGCAAGUUAUUAACAGGUGGCUCUGGUGACGCGUUUUAUUUAAUUUUUUGCUUUGAAAAUUAAUAAAAACCGAGAAACUGGAAAUUUUUGUUGCCAGUAGUAUUUAAACAUGCGGUUUAUAGUGAAGAUUUUUUGUAUGGUAACUUUAUGUGUAUUUUGUUUGAGUAAUGAAUUGCCCUAUUCAAAAAAUAAUGCUAGAGAAUUGGCAGAUAUAUUCUUCAAAAAUUUAAAAUUUGAUCCCUAUAUAGAAGAAGACAAUGGCGAAUUAACUGAAAACAACAAAAACUACAUAAAUAGAAAUGUUAAACUAUUUGUUGAUAUUAUCACAGAGAGGCAAGGUGUGGCUUUUUCAAGAUCAAAAAGAAGUUCAAUCAGAGGGGCAUUGCAAAAUAAGGAGUUAAUAACUGUCGUUCCAAUUGCUUAUAUUCCAACUAAACUUUUGGAUGACAUAAAGUUUCUUUCCGAUAUUGAGGAUUGGAUUUAUGUGGGUCUGCACCAUGAACAAGACCUACUAAUUUUCCGGAACGAGACGGUUUUGAUUAGAGAAAAUUUGUCUCAUUACACAUCCGAUCUUUCCAUUAUCGAGUCGAAGGGGUUUACUUUACUAGCUGUCGGCACUGAUCAAGCGGUAAAUGUAUUUGAGUUGAUCUUGAAGGAGCGAAACCUGAGAAAUGUGCAAAGUUUAAAUAUCGCUAACGCUAGUCAGGUCCAACUUUGGGAAUGUAACGAAGAUCUGUAUCUAUUUGUAACGUGGUCUAGCGACUGGGAGCACGUUUUGAAAAAAUCAACUGUCACAAUUUACAAAUGGCUCGGGAAACAUUUUGAUCUCGUUCAGAGUAUAACUUCUUCGAAUGUUGCGAAAUCGAUUCCAUUUUCGAUUCACGGACAACAAUUCCUCGUUCUUCUUCGGUCAGAACUGCACACCGAUGAGUUGGAAUCUUACUCGCAUAUCUACAAAUUCGAUCCGGAUGAAAUGAAAUAUGUGUUAUUCCAGCGCAUAUUUACUCCAAAUUCAAAAAAUUUACGGUACUUUACAAGCACAAUCAACGGAAAACCUGAACAUUUCUUUGUUAUCGAUAAUGUUGAUAUCACAGAAAAUGAUUUUUCUGAACCAUCUGUCGGGCCUGUCAUCUACAAAUACGUUGAGAUCCAUUUUAUUCCAUUCCAAAGGUUAGAAAUUAGAGACUUGGUUUCUAAUAUGCAACCUGUGCAAGACAUUGAAGGUAACACUGUGCUGCUUUUUUUCACAAAGACUGGUUUCAAGGGAUUUCAAUAUGAUGGAUGGAAUUUUUCGGAAGCGCUAGUUCAGGUGGAUACUGCCAGCACAGGUUUCGAAACUAAUAUUCGAGCUAUUCAUAUUGAGCGCGUUCAGGGCCAGGAUGCUAUUGUUCUACUGUGCGAUUCUUGUGACGGGCUGGCCAAUGUAUUCCGCGUAAAUUUUAUAUCACGAGACAUGAUGGAAAGCGUAUAUUCUGACUUACAGUCGUGGUGUACAGCGAGACUGAAAGAGAUCGAGUCUCGUGAUGAAAUCGAGAUUGUUGGCGAAUCCUUAAGAGGAGAUUUGAACGAGGAAAUAAAUUUAGAAGAAGAUGCAGUAGAUCAGAUAAUCGCCGAGCUUAAAAACUUAAAUGAAACUCUUACAAACCUGGAACAAAGCAUCGGCUUUUCGUCCUCUGAAAAUGGCGAUUUUAAAUUCAAAAAAGCCGUAGACACGAUUGUUUUCAACAGAUCUGCCAUUAUAAAUUCACUGCAUACCGAAUAUAUUAACGAUGAAAGUGCCGGCGGUGUUGUCGACAGCAUUCUAAGCAUCAAAGAUGGUUUUGAAAUUAAUGCACCCCUAACUUUCGACUUCUUACUUGUUGAGAACGAGUUUCGAUCAAAAUUAAUUAACAAUAAAUCGGAAUCCGAAUUCAUUCGUGCAAACGACGAUCUCGAUUUGCGAAAUUUGAAAGUCGGCGGUUUCGUCACUUUUCAAAAUGACGUAAACAUUUUAGAUAACAUCAACAACUUCAGCAUUAAUAUGUCCAAUAUACUUCUUAGCGAAGGCGAUCAAGAACUAUUUAAUCUCAAUACUAACGACGUUGCUAUUCUUAGUUUAAAAUGCCAGUAUUUGAAUAAAUUACGCUUUGCCGAUAUAUCAAGCCGAUUUAAUGAGACCCGUUCCAAACUUAAAGAAUUGGACGAAGUGGUCGCAAAUAAUGUUGACAUCGGUGGGUUAAUGAAUGAAGUGAGCCUCGAAAUAUUGAGGGAUCAGACGUUAAAAAAAGUUGGAGAUCAGCGUAUUGAAAAAACGUGGUAUUUCGACUUGCUUACGACGGAAGAGCUCACUGUGAACGGCCGAAUUUCUUCUCAAAAGUUUCCGGAAGAUAUGGUUCUGAUAAACGGCGAAGAAUACGUAAUCAACCAGGACGUAAACUUUGAACACGAACUAAAAGUAAAUAAACUGGAAGUGCUGAAUUCGCUAAAUGACAUACCCGUCAACGACAACGGCGAGCUCGAAAUCCUGCUAAAGGAUUCGAAUCAACGCCAAUAUAUUCGGGGCGCAGUUUCGAUUGAAAAUUUACUGAUUGCCAAUCCUAUUUUACUGCGCAGUAAAAUAAAAAAUGAUCGUUUCUUAAAUAAGAGUCCUUUGAUUAUGGAUGCAGGUGAUCACGUUAUCGACGAUGAUCUUGAAAUUAUCGGAGGAGCGAAAAUCAAAGGGAUUUUGCAGGCAAAUGAUCUGACUGCGAUAAAAACGGAACGGUCUGUGGUAGAGGCUUUUGAAAGUGCUGUAAAGAUAACGGAUAAACUAAUAAACAUCACUUUAAACUUUACCGAAGGCGUCUGUUUAGAUCAAACGUUUGCAGAACGCGUGAAUGGAAUCGAUCCCCGGGAUUGGUUGUUGAGAGAAUCUAACGUGUCUCAAGUCAUACGGGGUAGGAAACGCUUUGUAAACGAUCUAAAACUCAAUGGUGUCGUGAUAGUCGAGAUUAUGAACGAUGUUGACACCACUGUGCUUGAAAAAAAUGCACUGAAAAUAACUGGAGAUCAGGAUAUUAAUGCUGAGAUGGAGAUACCUCUGGUAGCAGCAGAAAAUGGUACGGAGUCAAACGUGCUCAACUUUGGUUCAAAUCCGUGGAAAAACUUAGCGAAGCACUCUCAACGUGAAAUAACUCACAAAACCAUAUCCGGCAAUUUGUCGUUGAACUUGCUUCAAGCCAACAAUACCGAAAUUAAGGGUUCGAUCAAUAAUCAGUUCGAUCUUUUGCGUUCAAUAAAUGAUAUCACUCGUAAAGGAACCAAUUUUAAAGUCUUUGGAGAAAAGCGUUUCGAUACUUUACAUAUAAAAGAAUUGAGUUACAACUUCGAGCAAUGUAUUGGACGUAUGUUGAAAGCCAUUUCCGAGAAGAAAAUUGAUAUCGACGGACCUGUGAGUUUUUAUAAAGAUAUCGAAAUUAGCAAUAUCAAUUUCGAAGGGUUAUGUAAUGGUCUGCGAGAUGAUCAGUUUGAACAUAUCGCGAAAAUGGACGAAAGCGAUUGCGUAAUCAACGAAGACAUGAGGUACGACAAUGUUUUCGUAGAUGGAGAAGUCACUAUACAGGAUAACGAGAUAAGUGGAGUAAAUAUCACACGAAUCUAUCACGAUACCGUUAAAAUUGACGAGAGUUUCCAUUUUAAGAAUGCCGUUUUUGGUAAAGAUGUAAUCAUUGAAAAUGAUCUUCUUGUGGAAGGAAAUGUUGACAAUUUGGAUAUAACUAACAUUUUCGAACAAAACUCGACCACUCCUGUAACGCUGGCUGAUAAGACAUUUGAGCAAGACGUGUUCGUUGAAAAUACUCUUAGUAUAGAAAGUGUGUCUAAAAAAUUGAACUUCGCUACCUUGUGUGAUGUUUGGCAGCAAGAUAGUAAUAUUAGAAGCUUAUAUGUUAAUGGCAAUAUUGUUAUCGUAAAAGGUCAACAGAUUAACCGCAUAAACGGCUACUCUAUCGAUGAUUUAGCAGACAAAAUUUGGUUUUCGGAUGAAGCGGGUGAACUUAAAGGAAAUUUGAAUUUCGACAAUACGACCUUUCGGAAUACUAUUAAUGUUACAGGCCUUGUCGACGAUAUUGCAAUUAAUCUCUUGGCGAAGAACUACUUAAGCCUAUCCAAAGAACAGACAAUCUUGUCCAAUCUCGUGUUUGAAAAUGACGUGGUUUUUAGUGGAAACGUUUCUACUCCGGAAAUAUUUCUCGAGGGCACCAUCAACAAUGUCCACUUGAGAGACGCGAUUGCAAAUAUUCUUUUAGAUCAUGUUGAUCAGGUGUUUGAAAGCGUCGUAUAUUUGGAGGAAUGCGAUGUGAUCGCCAUUGAAAAUGUUACGAAUUAUCUUGUAAACGGCUUGAAUGUGCAAUUUGAUGUAAUGAGAUACGACACGGAAAAUAUUGUCACCGGUCGUAAAUUAGUUGAGAACGUCGUCACUGAAUUCUCGAAUGUGUCAGACGGUGUAAAAAUUCAAAACGUGGACAUCAUUCAUUGGCUGAACAAUUCGGUGUUGUCUGACGGCAGCUUUAGAAUUACUGGCAACAAAGUAUUGGGUAAUGCGUCGUUUAAGAACGGCUUGAGCGUCAGAGGCAAGGUCAACAAUGAAAUUUUCACAAAGAAUUCAGUAAUGCUGACCAAUUUGACCCAAACCAUUGCAGGAGCAAAAACAUUUAUUGGAAUAGCGCCGCAGUUUAAAACUUUGAAAUCUAAAGCAUCAGUCAAUGGGAUCGAUUUAGGAGAACUGGCUAAAAGUCAGUUACGAAUUAAUGGAGAUAAUACUAUCAAAACGCCCAUUGAAUUUUUUGGCAAAAUUAGUGCUAGAAAUCUAAAUAUUAUUGAGUUGAAUGAUGGCAUUAACGUUAUGAAUUUGUUGAAAGACACUACCAAAUUAAAGAGCCUAAAUAACAUUGUGGAAAGCUAUAAUGACCUGUUAAAUAUGGCGGAAGGAAUGCAGAAAUCCUUAAAAGAUCAGGCUUACUUUUUAAAAUAUUAUAAGGAAGUAAUGCAUUUUUCCAAUGCAUAUGAGGCUUUUGGCAUACAGAACGAGCAUGGAAUCAUCAAUCUCGUAUUGUUUUUCAAUAUUAACAGUACAAAUGUCUACAGAGUUUUUCAGUUGGAAGAUUAUACAAAUACGUUCGUUUUUAUAGGCGAAAAUACGGAAUCUUAUUCGAUACCCAAUUAUAUGCAACAUGUUUUAAUAAAUGGGAAUGAAUAUCUUUACAUCGAACACAUGGAGCAACUCCCAAUUUUCGAAUACUCUGCCUAUUCAUUUUUGGGUAAACUUGUGCGUCUGACUGAUUAUGCCAAAUUUGAGGAAAUACAAAUAUUCCCAACUAAUGGGACGAUAUGUUUAACGACAAUACGCUUACCAAAAUUAGAACAAGAAUGUUUGAUUUUCGUUGACCAGCAGCGGCUCAAGGUUGAUAUUCUGUGCGAUGAAUCUGGGAACCAAAAUUACUACUUAUUUCAGACGAUUUUAUUGGAACAAGUAGAUAAGGUUUCGUCGGUUGUCGUCUACGAUACAGCAUACAUUAUCGCUUCCUGCGGUGCUACUAACGCACAAGAAGGUGGUUUGAAAAUAUUUGCAAUGGGAAAACUGGACCAAAGAUUCCAGUUGGUUCAGUCAAUUUUUGACGGAGCCGAGGCUGUUGGCGUGGAUGCUACAUUCUUUGGAGAUCAAGCUUUGAUGGGAGUGGCCUUUCGCUCCCAUGAAUCGGCCGUUAAUUUAGGAAGACUCUCAAUUCGAAGACUGGAUGAACAUCAAAAUCAGUUUGUUCCAUGGCAAUAUUUUCCUAUGACAUCUCCCCUGGCGGUUAAUUUCUUAAAACCUAUUAAGAACGAACCACCACUUUUAAUUGUACCAUCUUUGGAUGCCAAUGUGCCACUGCUUGGUAUAAGGUACGGAGGUUUGUCAGGAUUUCAAGAAAGCUUUAGAAGUCCAGGAUUACCUGCCGGUCUGUUGUUUCGGAAAGUAGGAGAUAAAUUCAUCUUGACUUUAAAUCGGGAGAACGGCGAUGUUACCGUAAUGAUGGCUGUGUUUGGUGGCAGGAGAAUUACCUGAUAAAUUUAUUUUAUUUGUGUUUGUUUUGUUAUUUGUCUUUAUUGUUGUGAGAAUAAAUUUAAUUCG